UUGCACCUGUUGCUCUUGAGUUGAGAGUCUAAGCGAUGCCGUGGGCCAGGAGGAAAAAAGGAGGAACGGGAUGAUAUAGGCCUGUCCAGUCCGGAGGCAUUGUAUGGUUUCUUACUUCACUUCGAUUCAGCCUCUCUCAAGUGUUGCAAUUGUCUGCACAGGACUUGGCCCAUGAUCAAGAUGAUCGUCAGAAACCUCAGUGGGCGAACAACAACACCGACAACAACAACAACAGCAACAACAACAACAGCAACAACAACAGCAACAAGAGGCUCAACAACAAGAGGCUCAACAACAUGAACAAGAACAGCAACAAAAACGAGCACCACAUACAGGUUUGAUAUGAUUAAAUUAUAAUUUAUGGGUCAGAAGCUUUGUCUGAUUAGAGGCCCGGAGCCACCAGUGCGACCAACACGGUCAUACUUGUUGCUCGGGAAAGAGGUUGUCCUUUCAGAGGGUGAUGCAGUCCUGACAAAUACCGGAUGGCGCACAUGGGCAGGGAGCUGGCUACUUGCACGACACCUGGAGGCGUAUUUGCCACAGCGUGAAGCUCCUCAACGCAUUCUGGAUUUGUCCUGUGGGACUGGUCUUGCUGGAGUAGCGUUGGCCAAGGCCGGCUACAAGGUUGUUCUUUGUGAUCUGCCAGAGAAUGUCCAAACUGUGAGGGAUAAUUUGGCCAGAAAUCGGUCGCCAAACCAUCCUUGGGUUGACCAGGCAGAGGUUGUCGGCUACUCCUGGGGCAGACCUUUGCCAGAGGAGCUCCAACAAGUCUUUGACAUUGUGCUUUGCGGAGACCUACUCUUCCAUGUUUGGAAUGAAAAGCUCCAGCAAGAAUUUAUGCAAACUCUUCAGGAUAUUUGCCGUCGAAGAACACCCAGUCCUGUGAUUGUCUUUGCCGGCCAAGUGCGCAGUGGUCGCCAAGAGAGCCAGGUCAUGGACAAUGUGGCAGAAAGACUCGGCUACCAUCAGGUGCCUAUUAGCCUAGACCAGUCAUGGUUUUCUGCGGCUUCACCACUGGUAGCCGAUGCAAAAUAUAGGCUUACACGCCUUGAGUCUGAAGCCAGUAAGUAGGCGCGAUCUAUUUAGCUGGAUCGCAUGUUGAGCUUUUUUUGAGGCCUUCUUUUCCCGUAGCAUGGAGCGGUGACCUGGCUCCGAGUCUCACUGUGUUGUCAAAGUUUAGGGCUUGAGCUGCAGAGCAUGGCUGAGCACAG